AUGGGCGACUGGGCCCGGGGAUGGACCAGAGUCGGACAAACAGGUCCGACCCAGCACUAUGGUCGUGUAUGGGAGGCCGAGCGCGAGCUCCAGGAACUUAGCAUUAUAGAAAGCUGGAAUGAUGAUGAUAAUUGGCCCGGCAUAAACAAACCGCUCUUCAAUGGCCCCGAUGCGAAGCGCUUUGAUACAAAACUUGCUAAACUUGAAGAUUUGGGAUAUGGCGCAUUCGGUCGCGUUGAGAAGGUCUCAUACGGGUCUGUCUGUCUUGCCCGUAAAAGGAUCCCACGCUGA